AUGCCUGUUGAGCAGGAGGACCAGGACGCUUCUGCCGUCCUCACAGGGCAAAUGGCGAACUUCGAGAAGGCCGUUACCAACUUGACGAGCCUCCUUGAUCCGGUGCUGGAUGCGCCGCUGGAUCAGCUGUUGGCCACUCUGGACGCCUUCGAUCGUGCGAAACUCGAAGUGCUGCUUGCCUUUGCGCUGAAUACCAUUACUUUCGUUUAUCUGAGAACACAAGGGCACAGUACGAAAGAGCACCCAGUAAAGAUUGAGCUGGACCGGGUGAAAGAGUACUUCAAGAAGCUGAAGGAUGCCGCCGGAUUGAACAAACCUACCAUGAGAAUUGACAAAGGAGCGGCGAAGCGUUUCAUCAACAACUCACUGAUAGCAAAUUCGGAAGUUAACGAGGAAGUGAAGAAACGGAAACUGGAACAAGACGCGGAUGAUUUCCUACGGAAUCUACAAAUACCAGAGAUACCGGCAGCGAAAGCAAACGCCCCUUCCACACUGCCAACAUCAGGCGCCAGCACACCAGAUUCCAGGAGUGAAGCAGGAGACGAGAAGGGACCAGCGAAGAAGAAGAAGAAGACAAAGAAGAAGGACCGAAAGGAAGCCGCGUGAGGGCACCGCGCGUCAGGGCGAAAAGGACGACCUCGUCUUUAAUCUCUGCCAUCCAUCACAAUGCUGAGCGAGCCGAUGUCGGUCACGACGACAUCUUGUUACGACGAUGAAGCCGGCACGACGCAUUCUCAUCACGUAGGAGCGACAAUCUAUAUAUCGUCAUCCCAUGAGAAUCACACCUUCGUUCCUUUUACGCCAUUGUACAAAUCCUAACUUAAAUUAUCAUUGGUAUCGAUUGGUUUCUGCUCGUGGCUAUUUAGGGACCAAACGGCGUGGGCAUCGCCUGUAUGUAGCUACUCCGACCCGGGAUCCCUCGAGUUCGUAUAUGUAGUUGGGUCCGCUUCGCCGUCUACUGGCAUUAUAUACGGAAUAGCUUGAAGUCUUUGUUUCCGUUUUGGCG